GCGCGUGAGUCUUCUGCUAGCGAGCAGUAGUUCCCGGGAUGUGUCACGCGGUGGUUCUGGGCGUGCUAUUUUCGCUGCCGUCGUACCUGUACUCGGCCGUGCCGUUCAGGAAGGCGCGGCGCAAGGAGCGCGAAGGUGAGGGCGCUGGCGAUCCCAAGCUGUACCUGCAGGAGGCGCUGCUGGAGCGCAAGCUGCCCGAGCUGGACAUGCGCCAGCUCGUCGACCUGCCCGAUGGCCUCGACUACAACGAGUGGCUCGCGUCGCACACGCUGGCGCUUUUCGACCACGUGAACCUGCUGUACGGCACGGUGUCGGAGUUCUGCACGGCGGCGUCGUGCGCCGACAUGACGGGCCCGGGCGGCCGCACGUACGCGUGGUACGACGAGCGCGGCAAGAAGUCGCGCGUCGCCGCGCCGCAGUACGUCGACUACGUCAUGACCUACACACAGAAGACGGUCAACGACGAGACCAUUUUUCCUACUAAGUACGCGAACGAGUUCCCGGCGCAGUUCGGCGGCGUGGUGCGGCGCGUGGUGCGCCUGCUGUUCCACGUGGUGGCGCAUAUGUACGCGGCGCACUUCCGCCAGCUGGCGCUGCUGGGCCUGCACGCGCACCUGCACCUCACCUUCGCGCACCUCACGGCGCUCGACCGCCGCUUCGCGCUGCUCGACCACAAGGAGACCGAGGUUCUCCGCGACCUGGAGGUGGCGCUGCGGUUGUCGGAGCCGGCGCACAGCGGCGGAGGGGGCGCGGGGGGCGCGGCGGACGACGACGCGUCGCCGCGCCGCCGCUCACCCGUCGUGACGCAGCCGCUGGCCUCCGCGUGA